AUGCGGAUUGUCCGGAGGUCGGAGAAGCCCAACUGGGAUUACCAGGCUGAGAUACAAGCUUUUUGCCAUCGCCUACAUGAACAUUUUUCUUUGGAUCUUCUCAAGACUGCAUUUGUUAAUUCCUGUUACAUUGAAAGCGAGGAGGCAAGACGCCGAGCACUCGGCCUGGACAAGGAAGCAGUUGCUCUUACCCUGCAGGAUAACAGUAAACUUGCUGAGCAAGGGCUGUCCUUCUCACGCUCCUACCUGACGCAGUGCUUUGAAGGUGCCUACCCAGAUCUGCCUGCACAGGGGGUAGGAGCACUUGUGGAUUUUCUCACCAGUCAAGAACUUGUUUCCUACAUAGCCCAAAACCUGUCGAUACAGGACCUGACGCUUUGCAGAGACUUUCCUGCCCCACCAGACGUGCUACAGAGAACGUUCCUUGCAGUGGUGGGAGCCUUGCUCAGCAGCAGUGGCCCUGAGACAACAGGGAUCUUUGUCAGGGAUUUUUUUAUUCCCCAAUUGAUUGGAAAAGACCUGUUUGAGAUCUGGGAAGUUGUAAAUCCUAUGGGCUUACUCGUGGAAGAACUGACCAAGAGGAAAAUCCCUCCUCCAGAACCAAGAAUUACCAGGCAGCUGGGAAUCAGCACAGUUCUGCCACUGUACUUUGUUGGGUUGUACUGUGAUAAGAAGAUUAUAGCAGAAGGUCCUGGGGAAACACUGCUUGCUGCAGAGGAAGAAGCUGCCCGCGUGGCGCUGCGGAAGCUCUAUGGGUAUACGGAGAACAGGAGACCUUGGGAUUACUCGAAGCCCAAACAAGGAUUGGCAGCUGAGAAGGCCAUCAGCAGUAGCUAGAACAUAAAAGCCAUUUCUGGUUUCUCUCAAGAAUUAAUGGCAUCUGUGCUGAAGAGAGUUUCAUUUAGGAAAGAGGAAUUUGGUUUGGUUUGCUGAUUUUAGGGGCUUGGAAUUU